CAAGCUCUCACUUCCCCCAUCACUUUUUUGAGAUCUUUCCGCCACUGUUGGCUUUCGCUCACUCUUGUUUCUCUCCUUCAGCGGAACAGAGCCUCGACCCCUCAGAUCCACCUCGAGCUGCUGUUGCGCCAUCCCCUCCCCCACAGCAAAUAACAGGUCAUCAUGUCCCAAAGGGUGGUCAGGGCCAGCAAGUUCCGCCACGUCUUCGGCAAGGCGUUGAAGGCAGACCAGUGCUAUGAUGACAUCAGGAUCUCCCAGAUGACCUGGGACAGCAACUUCUGCACCGUCAACCCUAAGUUUGUGGCCAUGAUAGUGGACGCCAGUGGUGGAGGAGCAUUCAUUGUUCUUCCGCUGAACAAGACUGGCCGUAUCGACAUGUCCUAUCCCAAUGUAUGUGGCCACACUGGACCAGUCCUGGAUAUUGAAUGGUGUCCGCACAACGACAACAUCAUUGCCAGCGGCUCAGAGGACUGCAGUGUUAUGAUCUGGGAGAUUCCCGACAGUGGCCUGGUCACAUCCCUGACCACACCGCUGGUGAAACUCGAGGGCCACUCCAAGCGUGUGGGCAUCCUCAGCUGGCACCCCACCGCCCACAAUGUGCUGAUGAGUGCAGGCUGUGAUAACGUGGUGAUCCUGUGGAACGUGGCCCGCGGGGAGGCGGUUGUGCGGAUGGACACCCAGCACACGGACGUCAUCUACAGCGCCUGCUGGAACAGGGACGGCACACAGAUCCUCACCUCCUCCAAGGACAAGAAGAUCCGUGUGCUUGACCCCCGCAAGGCCACGGUCAUCUCUGAGAAGGAUAAGCCGCAUGAGGGCUCCAGGCCUGUCAGGGCCAUAUACGUAAACGAUGGCAAGAUCUUGACCACUGGUUUCAGCCGAAUGAGCGAACGACAAGUGGCUCUGUGGGACCCGAGUAAUUUCUCAGAAGCCCUCACCCUUCAGGAGCUGGAUACAAGCAGUGGAGUGCUGCUGCCUUUCUUUGACCCAGACACCGGCGUUGUGUAUCUGUGCGGAAAGGGGGACAGUAGCAUCCGCUACUUUGAGGUGACUGACGAGGCUCCCUACGUCCACUACCUCUCCAUGUACAGCAGCAAAGAGAGCCAGAAGGGCAUGGGCUACAUGCCCAAAAGAGGUCUGGAGGUCAACAAAUGCGAGAUUGCCAGAUUCUUUAAGCUUCAUGAGAGGAAAUGUGAACCCAUCGUUAUGACUGUUCCUCGCAAGUCGGAUUUGUUCCAAGAGGAUCUGUUUCCCGACACCAUUGGUCCAGAACCCUCUGUGGAGGCUGAUGAUUGGUUUAAUGGGAAAGAUGGCAAGCCCAUCUUGAUUUCCUUGAAGGAUGGGUAUGUGGCCAGCAAGCCCAAAGAGUUCAAAGUGAUCAAGAGUCUGAUGGCCACCACAACUUCGUGCUCCUCCUCCAAUUCUGGAGGUGACUCGGGAGUUCAGGCCCUGCAGGCUGAGGUGAAAGAGCUGAAGGCCACGAUCGAAGAGCUCACCAAAAGAGUGAGCGAGUUGGAGAGUAAAAGUUAAAGUGAAGGAGGAAGAAUGGGGAAUAUAACUGGGGCAUAUGCGGGAGGGUCGAGGAAGGGAAUAGAAGGUAAAUCGGAUGGAGUGAAUAAUGCUUUGAAUUGAAGAAAUAUUUUGUUAGAUAUGAAGUCAGUGGUUCUCAAACGUUUCGCAUCACUCCCCACUUUGGAGGUGGGGAAUUUUCAAUCCCCACCUGACCCCAUCACCACAGCAAAAUGGUAACGUUAAAAAAAUAUAUUUUCAGCCUGUUUAUGACACCUAUGUUUGUUUGUGGCUAUUUUAUUUUGAAUCUACGAUCUUCCUUAUCAAAAAUGAAAGGCACUAUUAAAGAUUAAAAAAAAUAAAAUUAAAAAAAAAGUCCUCCUGUUCAUCACGCCCCACCUGUCAUGUCUCUACUCCCCAAACCCACGUUGAGAACCACUGGAUUAAGCAAAGAUUAAAAAUGAAAAGUAAAGAUGUAAAUGCAGGGCAAAAUGGAAUUGCGCCCCUACAGUGAGUUAGUGGAGAUGUUCUGUAGAGUCCUCCUUUUUUCUAAUAUAUGUUUUACAUCAGAAUACAUGUUGUAACUAUUUUGGAUUUUUUGUCAGAUUUAAUUAAUUGUUUCCCAUAUAUUGUUGCAAAAAACAUGAGAGAUAUUCAUUUGUUUAGAGACAUUUUUUAAUUAAAAUUGUCAUAUUUGCCUAA